GGAAUGCACACAGUCUGGGACCAGUAACCUGUAGGAAUGACACUCCAUUGCUAGCUGCUGACUAUCUUCUCCUCCUGUCUGGGUGAUAUAAUUAACUUUCAAAGGAGUGUGUUUAUGCUUCAAUGUGUCACAUAUAGAACUGAAAGAGACGGAGAAAUAUCUAUGUUCUUUCAUUUUCAACUGUUACAAAAACCUUGAAACAUGAAGAUGAUUGUUGGCUUACUGGUCUUAAGUGGCUGUCUUGCCCAGGGGAAAGGGUACAAGAAGACCUCAGACACAACCGGUAAGAGACAGUACCAGAUCCAGAACGGUCCAUGUAGCUACACCUUCCUACUGCCCGAGCAAGACAACUGCCUGACCUCCAGUAGCACCUAUUCCAAUCUGGUCCAGAAGGAUGACCCAGCAGAGUAUGACGAGUCUGUUCACAGGCUAGAACAACUGGAGAGCAUUAUGGAGAACAAUACACAGUGGCUUCUCAAGUUGGAGAAUUACAUUCAAGAGAGCAUUAGACAGGAGAUGGUCCAGAUCCAGCAGAACGUCGUUCACAACCACACAGCUGCCAUGAUCAAGAUAGGAUCCAACCUGCUGAGCCAAACUGCCGAGCAAACACGCAAACUUACCAACGUGGAGGCACAGGUAAUAAAUCACACAACCCGACUAGAGCGACAACUUCUUGAAAACUCCUUGUCUACUAACAAGCUGGAAAAACAACAAAUUGUCCAAACCAAUGAAAUAAGCAAGCUAAAUGAGAAAAACUGCUUUCUGGAGAAGCGUGUGGGCGAGAUGGAGGAGCAGAGACAGGUGGAGCUAAAGACCCUGCGAGAGGAGAAGGAGCAGCUCCAGAUGCUGAUCCAGAGACAGACAUCCAUAAUCGAGGACCUUGAGCAGCAGCUCCUCCGUGCCUCCUCCAACAACUCUGCCCUGCAGCGGCAGCAACAGGAGUUGCUGGAGACGGUCAACAACCUCAUCAACACCAUCUCUGUCCCCACUGAUGGAGUGAGCAAGCCCACCAUGAUGCAGGAUACACCCUCGAUGUACAUGGACUGUGCUGCUAUCUACAAAUCAGGGAAUACUGAAAGUGGAGUCUACUCCUUGACCCUUCCCAACACCACACAGGAGAUCAAGGCUUUCUGUGACAUGGAGACAGAGGGGGGUGGAUGGACGGUUCUACAAAGACGAUUUGACGGUCGCGUUGACUUUCAUCGUACGUGGAAAGAGUACAAAAUGGGUUUUGGAGAGAGUUCAGAGGAAUACUGGCUUGGGAAUGAGUUUGUCUCAAAACUGACAAAUCACCAACAAUACACCUUAAGAAUACAGCUCAAAGACUGGGAGGAAAACUCAGCAUUCUCACAAUAUGACCAGUUUUCUCUCGGAAGUGAGGCGCAAAACUACAGGAUACACCUUAAAGGCUACGAGGGAACAGCAGGCAAAGUUAGCAGCCUUGGUCAGCCAGGAAGUGAUUUCAGUACGAAGGAUGCAGACAAUGACAAAUGCGUUUGCAAAUGCUCACAACUGACCACGGGAGGUUGGUGGUUUGAUGCCUGCGGACCAUCCAAUUUGAAUGGAAUAUAUUUCCAACAGGGCCAGAACUCCAAUCGCUUCAAUGGAAUCAAAUGGUACUACUGGAAAGGCUCAGGUUACUCACUGAAGUCCACUACUAUGAUGAUACGACCUGUAGACUUCUGAGACUGUCUUCUAAAACCAUGAGUUGCAGAGUUCUGUUGUAGAACUCUUCUCUACACAGACAUAGCAUGUAUUCCCCAAUGUAGACUACAUUGAGAGAAAAGCACUGACACUGUCAAUGGAAAAACAAAACAAGAUGGAUCAAAGCACUCCAUGGCAGCAACUUUUCGCACAAGUUCUCUAUAUGGAAUGAAACCAAUCAGUUGUUUUCGUCCUCCCAGUCAGUCCUCUGCUCAAACAUUUACUGAUUUUGUACCACAUAAAUGGUUGUGGGGGGGAAAGGACCGCACCACCAACCAAGACAAACAGGUCAAAGGUUGUCAAACGACUUGACCAGUUGUAAAUAGGAUCAUUCCAUCUGUUGAAAACUGGAACUGUGGUAGAGAUAGAUCUGUUUAUCUCCUUCAAAUGAAGAUGGAUGUAAACAUGAACAAAUAUGGGCAAUAUCUGUGUGCAGCACAUUGUGAGGUUGACCAAGUCAAUUUUGUAAUAAUGAUAUUUCGUAUCUCAGUUCCCUUCAGUAUAAGAAAACCAACUAUGGUACAACAGGCAAUAUUUCAAUAUAUACUGUUCUGGCCAUAAUUAAACCAUUGGUUCCACUGAGAAAUCUACUCAUCUUAGUAAAACAAUUAUGUAUGUACUUAUGUAAUUUAAUUUAAAUGUAUAAAUGGUUCAUCGACUGUGAUGAAUAUUUACACUAAGGGAUGCAAUUGCCAACAUGUACAUUAUGAUGAUUCUACUGACUGAUACUUGCUGUUCAAUUACUAAGACAUGCUUUGACAUAUCUUGUAAAAACUGGCUUGAAAUUUGUUCAUCUUUGUUUUGAUUGAAAUAUCUUCACGGUCUUACCCCAUCAUCUUCUUUUAAAAGAAAUCUGUACAGUUGAAGAACAUUUUACUAGGGAGUCAUAAAAACAAUGAAUUACGACUGCUAAUUUAAAGGUCCCAUGGCAUGCUGUUUUUGGAUGCUUUUAUAUAGGCCUUAGUGGUCCCCUAAUACUGUAUCUUAAGUCUCUUUCGCGAAAUUCAGCCUUGGUGCAGAAUUACAGCCACUACGAGCAGUCCCACAAUGAGCUUUCCUUAGGACGUUCCAUUUCUGUGUCUUUAGCUUUAAAUGCUAUGAGGAGGAGAGAGGCGGGGCUAACUGCCAUGCUUCGGUCGUUUGCAAGCCAUGAUGUCUCUCAAGGAAAAAACAAUAUCGGGCUCGCACGGUUGUAGGUCAUUUUUUCAUUGGUGGGCCAAAUUCUCUGUGCGGGCAAAGCAGAGAAAGGCAGGGUUUCCUGCAGCACUUUUCAGUUCAGGCGGCCGCCUAAGCAACACACGCCUGCCGCCUUAACUACUAGUCACGGUUUUCUCCCUUCCAUUCCAAACCGUAACACCAGUCUCCCUUCUCUGCAGAAUGCAUUAGUCUAUCGCACAAACUAGCCCCCCCCUCGCCUUAGUCUAUCGCACAAACUAGCCCUCCCCGCAUUAGCCUAUCGCACAAACUAGCUUGAGCUUUCAUUUUCUCAAAGGCGGAGAAGAAUACCCAGGGCUUGUUUUACACCUAUCAAAAUGUCUAGCCACUGGAGGACCAAAGGCAGGCUAGGGGAACUCAUAUUAAUGUUAAAUAACCUCCUAAGGUGAAAUGUUCAUGCCAUGGGACCUUUAACAAAUUUACCAAUACAAACCAAAAGAUUUCCCUCACUGUCUGCUACUCAGUAAUUCUGCUGUUUAUUUAAAACAUUAAAUAUGUCUGUCAAAGUU